AUGGACGAGCCGGGACCAGACCGCUGCCCCCCCCGGUUCGGGGAAUCGGAGACCGAUAACAAGCUGCUUGGCAGCUGGAUGGCUGAAAACGGGACUUUUCUCCCUUCUUUUCUGGCCUUUUCUGGCCAGCAGCUGCUCUCUGAGCGGCCGGUCGGCCGGACAGAGGCGGCGCCCUACUUUUCCAAAGGCACAGGGGCGCCUGCCCCGUGUGGGCGGGGCCUCAGGCGACCCCUCUGGAGGUCGCCGCGGGCGCCCAGCGAGGGCCCUGAAAAAUGGGCUUCUGUGGAUCACUCCCCCCCCCCUCCGGACGUCCAGCUCUCCUCGGAUAAGCAGCACCAGAGGAGCCCCGUUAACCUCUCCUGUGAGGAACAGAGCUCCGUCAGGGAGAGAGCCAACUGGAACCGGGAGCCAGGCCCUGCUUCUCUUAAUAGGUGUCUGUUCCACAAACGAGCGGGUCCAAAGAAGGUCCACAGAAGGUCCAAUGACAUCCUGCUGACGGUCCACAGAAUGUCUGCAGAGGGUCCAAAGACGGUGGGCGCGGGGGGGCAGAGGGGACUGGGGGGGAUGGAGGGGACUGAGGGGGGGGGCGCUCUGCAUGUGGCUGAGCCAACAGAAAGGGCAGCGUGCAGCUCCGGCCCCCCCGCUGGCCGGCAGAGCUCCAUCGGCAGGUUGUUGCACACCGACGCCAACAAGCACAUCAGCAGCCAGGCUCCACGGGGAGUCCCCCACCCCCCAGGGCCGGGGUCAAAGGUCCUGCUCAUUAGUGGCCCCGAGCACUCCAAAACCCUCUUGAUGGACCUAAGACAGGAACCAAGAGGCCUCCUCGUGUCUGGAGGCGUCCUCAGGCCACGCGAGGUCACCUCACUAACAAAAAGAAACGACAUCAAAACCGUAUCAAACCGAGGCCUCGACCACACGGUGUCACAAUGCGCGGACAGCAUUCCCUACACAGACGCACGUCCUGCUCUGAAGCUGAAUCAAACGCUGAUCAGCAGCCUCCAGAAGAUUGAGCGUGACAGACGGAGGGAUGGGGCCGUGGACGAGCGCCGGGCCUCCAUGGUGCUGAGGAAGCGUUUCCCCCACAGGACGCUGUCGGAGGAGCCGUUGGGCCGGUGA